AUGGCACGCAUCCUUCUUGGAUGCACCAUGGGCAAGGCUCGUUCCCAGGUGAUAGUCUGCUAUAGAGCUCUACUAGACUUUAUCUAUGUGGCCCAGUAUCCCACACAUGAUGACUCUACCCUCCAGUAUCUCACCGACACCCUGGAUGAAUUUCAUGCAAACAAGGACAUCCUGCAGGAUCUUGGAAUACGCAAUAACUUCAACAUACCAAAGUUUCACUCCAUGCUGCACUACGAGGAGUGCAUACGUAAUUUCAGAACUACGGAUAAUUAUAAUACUGAAAUGUUCGAACAAUUUCAUAUAGACUACGCCAAGGAAGCAUGGAGAGCAUCCAACUUUUGCAAAAAGCUUCCUCAGAUGACUCAGUGGCCGAGUUGCCAGGAGAAAAUAGUCAUGUUCCAGAGCUACAUCUCUCACUAUCAAUCAGAGGAGGAGAGGGAAGAGGAGGUCAAUGAAGCUGCGGAUGGAAGAAACCAGGACGUUGGGGUAGUGACAGCCAAGAGACCAGCUGCUCCCUCCCAGACCCUUUCCAACAUCCAAAACAAGCAUGGUUGUCCCUCUUUUUCAUAUCACUUGCGCAUUUUCCUCAACAAAUUUCUUACUAGAGGAGAUUCUAUACAUUGUACUCAACUUGGCAAUGCUUUUCUUCCUUUUGAUCAGCUAGAUGUUUGGUAUUCUUUUAAAUUCUCACUAGAUACUCUUGGGAACGACAUAGAUGGCCAGAAAGGUAUAGAUUUAGUCAGGGCGCAACCAGGUAGAGGAGAGAGUCCAGGGAGGUUUGAUGUGGUGGUGGUUGCUCACAAGGAUGGGGCUGAGUCUACUGGACUUCAUGGAAUGAAAGUUGGUAGGCUGAGGCUUAUAUUCUGCCUUUCAGAAGUAAUCGGCCUUUAUAAUGAAGCUCCUGCAGUCUGGCCAAAGCACCAUUUUGCAUAUGUAGAGUGGCUAACUGUGUCACAUUCACCUGGCGCCCAUCACAACAUGUACUCAGUUACCAAGCCUCUCCCUUUGGACACUACUGGACAUUUGCCUGGUGAUAUUGUCCCUCUCUCUACUAUACGACAGUCUUGUCAGCUUAUACCACACUUGGGAGCUGGUGUAGGAUGGACUGAGCAGUGGAGAUCUAACAGUGUACUUAAUGCAUGCCCCACUUUUUUGCUUUACAAUUGGUCUAGUAAGUAUGUGUAUCAAACCCUAUGGUAG